AUGUACAGUAUGGUCACCAUGAUAAUUCAGAUGCUAGAAUAUAACAAAUGCAUGUUCACGCAUAGUGCUGACUCAGAUUCGCGUAGUGUCCAUUGGCUGGCUGCGGUCACUGGUUUGGUCGGUGGAACUGCGCCGACCGAGGGAUGCCACACUGUGUCUGGCACGGUGACUCAUGCUGGUGACCAUACCCCGCUGCUGAAAAGAGAUCCAGAGAACGAAAGAGUUGGGGGGACAAGGGUAUUUCGAAGAAUUAUGCUAAUCGGUGGUGAUGUUCAGAUCCUGCCGACUUCAGCUAAAAUCGACAUGUUGAGUAUUAUUUUUAGCCAAGAUUGCCGCAACGCCAGGUUUGGAUCAUAA